AUGGGGGUUAUAUCCAUCAUCGGAAAGAUCGUCUUGGUUCUUGUCAACAUUUUGAUACUGCUGCUGAGUAUAGCCAUGAUAAUAUGUGGCAUUAUUGUGGUUGCUGGAAAAGACAUCUAUAACAGCCUCUUGGACAAGUUUAGAACGACUCUGGAAGAAGCGCUGAAUAACAUUGGUGUCUCUGUGGAUACAAGUAAUUUGACCUUUACUGACAUCAUGCUGCCACUGGCUUAUGGGGUUAUAGCCCUUGGUGUGAUCAUGGGAGCCUUGGCUUUGCUGGGAUGUAUUGGUGGCUGUUACACUCUAAAACUUGUUCUUAUUGUGUAUGCUAUUGUUUUACUGGCCUUCUUUCUAGUACAAGUGGCCAUAGUAAUUGUUGUGUACGCUGACAAAUCCGCAUUUGAUGGCACUGUUAAGCCUAGGAUUAAAGAGACACUUGACACAUUUUCUGAUGUUGAAGGCACAGAUCCUAAGACUAUGGUGUGGAAUGCCAUCAUGGCCUAUGAAGGAUGCUGCGGAGUAGACUCAUAUGAGGAUUUCAAAAAUCUAAAGCACUGGCCUCCACAGCAAAUCAAGAAUAAAACAGUACAUCUCAUAACUCCGGUCAUGUGUUGCAAGGUAAAGUCUAACAACAUCACUUGUGCAGAGCGCCCAGAUGAAAGUACUAACUGGAUGAACACAGGUUGCUAUGACAAACUCUUUGAUCUCAUCGUAAGCAACUCAUUUGUUAUCACAAUUAUUGCCUUUUUAUUUGCUUUCCAGUUUAUCGUUAUAUUCUUCACCAUCUGGAUACUGUGUACCAUGGAUAACAAGAUAGAUAUUAUAUAG